UUUGAAGAUACCAUAAAAAAAUGAAAUAUUAGAUGUAGAAGAAAUCACAGGAUAUAUAUCAAAAGUUAAAGGCUCCAAUUUUACAUAGAACUAUAUACUCUAAAUAAAUGUGCAACAAAGAUCAAUUAAAUAUUGGAAUUAAUUAUGUCUAUUAUUUUAAUGUUAAUUUUUUUCUUGGUUUUAAAAGACCUAGGAUUUAAAUAUAUUAAGAUUCUUGUCGUAGUUCACAUUGAUAUAAGGAGUGACAAUAAAAAAGUACACAACUUUGAAAAAAAAAAUACUCCCAACAAAUAAUACCAUGUGGUGAGUACUAUGUGGACAACUUUUACACAUUCAUCUAUCCAGACAUUGAUGCAUUCUGAAGCUGAAGAUCAUUUUUUCACUGGUAGUGGUGCUUUAAUCUAAAUCAGAACAUUCUUCCAUUUCUAUAGUCGAAUCUUAAAUUCUUUCAAUGGAAGAUUCUUCACAAAACUUAAAAUGGAAGUAUCAUGUUUUCUUGAGUUUUAGGGGAGAAGACACACGCUUAGGCUUUACUGAUCACCUAUAUGCAGCGUUGGUGCGUAAAAGUAUAAUAACUUUCAGAGAUGAUGAAGAACUUGCAAGAGGUGAAGUAAUCUCACAAAAACUCCUCCAUGCAAUUGAGGAAUCUCUCUCAGCAGUUGUAAUAAUCUCCAAAAACUAUGCUACCUCAGCUUGGUGUUUGGAUGAGUUAGUCAAGAUUCUCGAAUCCAAACGUUUGUCAGGACAACAAGUGUUCCCAAUCUUCUAUGGCGUAGAUCCCUCCGAUGUAAGAAAUCAAAGGGGAAGUUUUGCUGAAGCUUUUAGGAAACAUGAGGAAAAAUUUACUGAAAGCAAAGAGAAGGUACAAAGGUGGAGAGAUGCAUUGAGAGAGGUUGCCAACUUGUCAGGGUGGGAUUCUAAGGAUCAACAUGAAACAAAACUCAUUGAAGAAGUUGUUGUACAAGUAUGGAAAAAACUGGAACUCAAACUCCCAUCUUAUUACGAUGGACUGAUUGCAAUUGAUGCAAGAUUGGAAGAAUUAUAUUCAACUCUGAAGCUAGGAUCGGAGGAUGUUUGUUUCGUAGGCAUAUGGGGUAUGGGUGGGAUAGGCAAAACAACUCUAGCUACUGUUCUCUUCAAGAAAAUCAGAAGCCAAUUUGAUGUAGGUUGUUUCAUUGCCAAUGUUAGAGAGGUCUCUGGGGAAAGAAACCAAGGUCUAUUGCAGUUGCAAAAUAAAAUUCUUUCACAUCUGAACAUUAAAGGAAUGGUAAUUGAAACAUUAAGCCAAGGAAAGGACAGCUUAAGAAACCUUUUAUCCAACAAAAAGGUUCUUCUUGUCCUUGAUGAUGUAAGUUCUAAAAGCGAACUUGAAAAUUUGGCUGGAAGCGAAGCAUGGUUUGGUCAAGGGAGUAUAAUAAUAGUUACAACUAGGGAUAAGCACCUCUUGAUAUCGCACACGGUAUUGUUUGAAAUGUAUGAGAGUAAAAUCUUAAAUAAAAGUGAAUCCCUUCAACUUUUUUGUGAAAAAGCAUUUAAAGAAGAUGCACCAAAAGAGGGUUAUAUGGAGUUGUCUAAAAGUGUGGUCGAAUAUGCUCAAGGCCUCCCUUUGACUCUCGAAGUGUUGGGUUCUUUUCUUUGUGAAAGAAGUAUAUCUGAUUGGGAAGAUGCUUUAUCCAAGAUGAAACAAGUUCCACACGAUGAUAUCUUAAACAAACUUAGAAUAAGCUAUGACAUGUUAGAAGAUGAACACAAGACCAUAUUUCUAGAUAUUGCCUGCUUUUUUAAGGGAUGGUACAGACAUAAAGUGGUACAAAUAUUGGAAAAUUGUGGCCUUCAUCCAACCGUUGGAAUAAAUGUUCUCAUAGAAAAAUCGUUAGUAACUUUUGAUGGAAGAGUUAUCUGGAUGCAUGAUAUGCUUGAAGAAAUGGGUAAAACUAUAGUUUUUCAAGAGUCCCCUAAUGAUCCUGGUAGACGAAGCAGAUUGUGGUCUCUUGAGGAUAUUGAUAAAGUGAUGAGAAAAAAUAAGGGAACUGAAAUUGUGCAAGGUAUAGUUUUGAAAUCAUCACCAUAUACGCUGUAUGAAGCACAUUGGGACCCUGAGGCGUUCUCAAAGAUGGGUAAUCUUAGGUUACUCAUUAUAUUAUGUGAUAUGCAUCUUUCCCUUGGUCUGAAAUGUCUUUCCAGCUCACUAAAAGUGCUUGUAUGGUGGGGGUAUCCACUGAAUGCUCUACCACUUGGACUUCAACUAGAUGAGCUUGUGCAUUUACAAAUGAUCAAUAGUAAAGUUAAACGGUUGUGGAAUGGAAAUGAGUAUUUUGGAAAGCUGAAAGUAAUAGAUUUGAGUAACUCCAAAGAUUUACAUCAAACUCCAAACAUCUCUGGAAUUCCAAAUCUUGAAGAGCUGUAUCUUAAUGAUUGUACGAAACUUGUCGAAGUUCACCAAUCUAUCAGACAACACAAAAAACUCAUGAUAGUUAGCUUGAUGGGAUGUGUAGAUCUGAAAACUUUUCCAAGUAAAUUGGAAAUGUGUUCCUUGAAAAUGCUAUUUCUUUCUGAUUGCUCAAAUGUUAAAAGACUUCCUGAUUUUGGUGAAAAUAUGACAGCCGUCACGGCGCUCAACUUGAUGAAUUGCAAAAGUCUUCUAUACCUUCCAAACAGCAUUAGUAACCUGAAGUCUCUCGGAAUUCUCAACAUAUCAGGAUGUUCAAAAAUUUGUACCUUGCCAAAUGGUAUAAAUCAAAACAAGGCUUUGAAGGACAUUGACUUGAGCAGAACUGCUAUUAGAGAAUUGCAUCCAUCCCUAUUUCAGUUAGAAAGUAUCAAAAGAUUAUCUUUCAGUGGAUGUAGCGGGCCAACAUCCAAUUUCAGCUGGGAGUUUCGGCUUCCUUUUGGCAAGAAUUUCAGGUUUUUCCCAUCUCAAACAAGCUUAACAUUGCCCCCUUUUGUAUCAGCCCUUUCCUCAUUAACUGAAUUGGAUUUAAGCUAUUGCAAUCUCACUGAUAAUUCAAUUCCCCGUGAUAUCGAUUGCUUAUCAUCGUUAGAGAGACUAAAUCUAAGUGGGAACAAUUUUGUAAGCCUUCCGGCUCAUUACAUUGCUAAUCUUACAAAGCUUCGUUAUCUUGAAUUGGAAGAUUGCCCACAGCUUCAAUCUUUACCUAUUGUUCCACCACAUGUACGCUUGUACGUUACAGAUUCAGAUGCAAGGGAAGCUAAUGCAUUAGAUCCACAAAAGAUAUGGAAGGUGUUUGAAUCAAGUGAAAAGGAAUUCUUACAGUCAUCUGUAUAUCGAAUGUUUGAUUUCUUUGAUCCUAUGUACUUUGAAAUCCCUUCGAGAUUUGAUAAUCAGAAAUUUUUUCCCUUGAGCUCGUCGUAUGUGUCAAAACUUGAUUCAAUUGCAUCAGUAACAGUGUACAUCCCUGAUGAUUGUCUUUCAAGUGACUGGUGGGGUGUGGCUGUAUUUGUGGCCUUAGAAGCUGAAGUUCCACAGGAUUCAGAGGAAGCUUCUAAAGGUUUUGAGUUCAGCAGAUCCAUGCGCUUGUAUUGGAACUUCGAUACUCUUGGACCUGAAGAUGGCCCCUCCUUAUCACUAUCUGCAGGAUCAACAGCAUAUAAUGAUCUGUACCUUAUCACAAUGAUAGUGAGUGGUGAUUUUAUAUACUUGCGGAGACACCGAAGAGGGCACCGGAAUUCCAUGCAGGAACCCUUCAGCAAGCACAGAAGGCCAGAGUUCAGGGAAAACAGUUCGUUGCGUUUCGAAAUGCGAGUGGCAGGGUGCAAGAUAAGGAAGUGUGGGUGGCGUCUGUUGCGAAAGGAAGAUUAUCUUGAAGACUUGCAAAUGCUGAACAAUGGUGGACUUUUUGUAGCACCUUCCGAUUCCGGGCAUUCAGAUGGCAUGAACAAAUCAUCUGUGGAUGAAUCCAAAGGGGAGGAUGCUACUGCUUUGGAUGUGCAGACCAUAGAAAGGUCAAAUGAGAACUUCUCUUUGGGCAAAAUAUUUCACAACUUUAGACAAGGACUUGGUUUAAGUGUGCUAGCAUUGAUAUCAAUGAUGAUUGGGGCUACACUAAUCCAUUCACCUGUGAAUGAUUUGCGCUUCAAAAAGUCCACGGCAACAAAUGAGAUCAUGACUAAUAAGCUAUUAAAAUCAGAUUCGAUAUCCUCCAACAAUAUUGUACUUAUGGUCAAUACACCGCAAUUGCAAAGCAGUCCUCGUAACAGAAAUGUGAGCCAGCGGUUGUCAUUUCCAGUAUACCAGCCACCAAGGAGGCUGAGUUUCUGUCAGACCCACUGUUGGUUAACUUAGCUAGAUGAGAAACAUUUUGCUUUUUGACAAUUUUGUUUUUGUAGCUUUUAUUUGUUUUUUUUUCAUUCUAAUAUGGAAUUGUAAUAAAUCUUAUUUUAUACUAUUGUUUCUUAACACCGUAGUUUCUUGAUAGGAACUUCACAAUAGUUGAAACUACCAAAGUUUUAGGAAUGGUACAACAUAAAGGAAUGAAAUUAAGAGCAAUACAAAUAUAUUGAUGCUGAUGUGAGUGACAUGAUGUUAGUGCCAUGAGAUGAGAUGCAAUUUAUAAGAGAGAUAGAGAGAGAUGAGAUUGGUGGGAUCUAUAUCUAUUUAUAUCUAUGUCUCUCCCCAAAUGGAGUUUUGAAUUUCUUUUUAGAAAUGGAGAGGAUCCUAACUUAUAUUUGCAACUGUGUAUGUAAUUCACUCAAGAAGCGUCUAAUCUCAAGCUUCUGGACUACUAGAGAUAACUUCUGUUGCAAACAUGCCUCAGGCAAAGAAAGGAACCAAUCACUGCAUUUCUAAAAGAGGCUUAAACUAGUUAGAGUGAGACUUAUGUGUUGUGUGGUUGUAAUAAUUCUUAUUUAUUUUAUCAUACUAAAAAUUAAAAUGAUAUAUUAGAAACAAUAUGAUUGAGAUGGCAAAAGUAUUUUAAAUUUGAAAUAUGGUGGCCAUAUUUUUUGUAUGGAAAAGGAAUAUAUCUUUUUAAAUUGAAAGGAGCUAUAUUAUUAUAAAAUGUGUUCUGAACUUGAUAAAUCAAAAUCAGUGUGGAAUUGCAGAUCAUUUUUGUUAAUGUCAUUUAGCGCAGGCGCUUUUGAUAGCAUCAUUGUGGUUAAAUCAGCGUGGAACUGUAUUGAAGGUCAAUACACCAAAAUUACAGUGCAGUCGUAGCAUAAAUGUGGGUGAACGAGCAUCAUUUCCAUUUUACCAGCUUCCAAGGACGACGAAUUUCCAUUAUACCAGCAUAGUGUCCAAAUCUGCAAGACUAUAUGUUCCAUUGGAAAAGGCUCCAAUAGCCACAACAGUUACCCAAAUAGGGCCUACAAAGCCCACAUGGGCACGAAGCUAUGAAGCCACGAUCGGGGGAAGAUGAAGACGUGAGCCUAGAGGCGUAGAGGCAGCUAAGGGCCUUCAGAUUAUAGGUUUACAUAAGUAGGAUACAUUUUACUAGAAAGAUCAUCUGAUUUGUCUGUCUGUAAUAAUAGAAUUACUGGUUCUUCAAUGUUCAUUAAGCUUUUGGGUA